AUGGCCUGCCUGUUCUAUACUCAAAUAUUUCUGCUGACCACCCUCAUAUUAGUUCUGAAUCUGAGUCUUUACUCUGUGCUAGGUCAGACUGUGGGUGGCUUAGAAAAAUCUAGUAUGGAGGAAGAAGGCGCCCGAGAAGCACUGAACUAUGCUGUAAGCCAGUACAAUGAAAAUAACAAUGACUUGUACCUGAGCCGUGUGGUGAAAGUGAGGAGUGUCCAAAAGCAGAUCGUAUCUGGAAAGAUCUUAGUUUUUAAUGUGAUUAUAGGCAAAACAAUAUGUUUGAAGACUCAGACUGACUUGACCAACUGUCCCUUAAAUGAACAGACUGACCAGCAAGAGCUUGAAUACUGCUCUUUUGAGGUCUAUUUUCCCUGGCGGGAAAAUUGUUUAAUCCUGACUUAUUCCAGCUGUGACAGAAACUGA